UCGAUUGUUUCCAAGUGUAUGCCUAUAUAGGGAAAACUUUGUAAUGAUGUCCAACCUAAGAUUCCUCCACAUUGAUGGAACACACUCUGAAGGAGAGUUUCCAAAUCUUCCUAAUAAUUUAAGAUGGUUUAGUUGGAAGGAAAAUCGUCUGAAAAUUCUACCAAUCAAUUUUUAUCACAAGAAACUAGUUCAUAUGGACCUAUCACUAAGCAGGAUUAGACAAGCUUGGACAAACAAGCCUCAAAAUCAAAAUCAGGUAUAGUACCUAUUUGUCGUUUUCUUGUCUCAUCUUGUUAUCAUGUAUUAUGGAUAAUAUUAUCUUAUCUUUGUUUCUUUGUUUGACAGCUGUUCCAAAAGUUGAAAUUUCUGAGUCUUCGACAAUGUUAUUAUCUAUCUGAAUCCCCUGACUUUACAUGGUUUCCUUACUUAGAGACGAUGGAUUUUGGAAUGUGUUAUAACAUGGUUAAUUUACAUAAAUCCAUUGGUGAUCUAAAAUCUCUACUUAAGCUUGAUUUGAGUAGAACGAAAAUUGAAGAACUACCAGACAGUAUUUGUAGGUUGAGCUCUCUCCAAUGUCUAAGCCUCCAUUUGUGCACAUCAUUCAAAAAGUUGCCUAAAUCAAUCGGUGAUCUAAAAUCUCUAGUUGAGUUUGACUUGGACAUGACAAAAAUUGAAGAACUCCCGAAAAGUAUUUGUGGACUGAGUUCUCUCAAACGUCUUAUUCUCCAUUGGUGCUCAUCAUUCAAAGAAUUGCCUGAGUCAAUUGGUGAUCUAAAAUCUCUAGUUGAGCUUGACUUGGAUAGUACAAAAAUUGAAGAACUUCCGAACAGUAUAUCUAGAUUGAGUUCUCUCGAAAGGCUUAGUCUCAACAGGUGUGAGUCAUUAAAAAAGUUGCCCAAUGGUUUUGAGUUGUUAGAGAAGCUUCAGGUAUUAAGUGUUAUGAAUUGCCAUAACCUAAUCAGGCUGCCAAUAUCUGGGGGAAGCAUGAGGUGUUUGAGUAUCACUGAUCUGAUAGGAACCACUACUUUACUAUCAACAAAUGAUUUUCUAAUGCUCCCAAGUUUGGUGGAGUUAAAAAUAGGGAACAAGCUUGAAUCUUCUCUCCCACCCUGGAUUAGUGGUCUUCCACAGCUUCAGAAGCUAGUAUUGCAAGGAUACACAAGGCUUGAGUCAGUUCCAAAUCUUCCCUCAACUUUAACCUCUCUGUAUGUUAUGGACUGUAUCUCAUUGCAGAAACUUCCAGAUUUAUCCAACCUAAAAAAAUUGAGGACAUUACACCUUCGUAACUGCAAAAAGCUGGAGGAGAUUCAAAACCUUGGGGGAGUAGAAGCCUUGGAAGAGUUGUACAUAGAUGACUGCAACACCAUAACAGAUACUCCAAGGAAGAUACAUGGCCAGGGAGCACUUUUAGUUGAUGGGUUAUCAAGAAGUGAUUCUUUGAAUGUUAGUGAUGGGAUACACAAUGGAUUGAUUCUGUGUCUUGUUUUUGCAUUCACAAUCAACAAAGAAACAGAACAAGAAAUGAAGGUGCAAGAGGGUGAUCCAGCAAAAAUUUGGGUCCUUCUUGAAGCUUCAAUCCGUCAAAAACACAGAAGGACUGGGUGUUAUAUUAAUGUUCAUAUGCCAAUUGAAGGAGUUGAUCAGUUUACUACUACGCAAGAUACAAUCUACAUACAUCAUUUCAAAGGGUUUGACUUGUUUGGGUUUCCAUUGGAAGGAGUUGAUGCAAUUGAGAAAAUAAGUUUAACAUUUGCAUAUUUCAGGCCCAAGAAUUGUUGGGAUUCGAUCAAUUGUGAAGUGAAACUCUGCAAACUCUUGUUGGGAAGCACAGAAUCUUUUAAUGAGCAUCAAAUGCCGAACCAAGAAUCUAGUGCCAAAUUGGUAGCAGUUUUCUUCAAUUGGUCACACAACGAGGAUGGUGAAUCUUCAUAUAAUGCGACUGAAGCAUCUCGGUUAGCUCUUAAAGAAGUGGAAAGGAGUAACUCUGUCCCUAAGCAAGGGGAAGAGAGGAUGAGUACUGAAAUGAUAGAAGUCCGUUAUUUUCCUUACACGAGAGAUUCCCUUCCUUCGACAGAAGAAUUCAACGAAGCUAUUAAGAGAAGAGCACGUCUUACAUCGAUGCGGAUUCUCCAAGGUCCUCUCAUGUUUUAAAUUUUCUUUCUGUUUGGUUUGCUUUGAAGCGAUGGAAAAUUCCCGCCUUCAUUUUUAAAAAUUUAUCUGGAUAUAUGAAAUCUUCCCUUCACCAUCAAAAUCAUGUCUAGUCUCCCUUCUUGUCUUGAGUCUCUUGAUCGAGUAUUGGGCCACUUUAUUGUUGCCAUAGUUUUCUUGUUUCCUG